CCCAUCGCAUCGUCUCCCAAGCAUUCAAGCCACCAAUUUUGGGUUGAGUCAUCGCCCUAAAGUACUUAGAUAAAAGUCAUAAAUAUAUAGAUGUCUCAAGGACUACUACAUGCCUCAAAUAAGGCGAACUUCUCUUGCCUAUUUACUAUUUCUUCGUAUCUAAAUUGUUUUAGUCGGGCAAUAAGUUCUAAAAGAUCUUACCUUCAACGGUGCCCCGUUUUGUCACCACGCCCCGUAGUCACUUAAAACCAUGAUAUCAACGAGAAAUCUUCAUGAUGGAGCUAUCGACCACAGUCAGGCGGUCGCUAGAGCCCCCGAUGACCAUAUUGUGUCAAGACCGGUUCCCGACGCCCAGACUCAGGAUCCACGAAGGUACCAACUUAAUCAGAUGAAGAAGCGUUACUCUCCUAUACAAAACACACUACAAGAUGGUACGACGAAUAUUUUAUUUCAGCUGAAGCCCUCAGACCCGGAUUUCCCUUUCGAGCUGAAUUAUCUGGAUUGCGAACUUCAGGUUCCUGCGUUAUACCCGGAGAAGCCUCCUGUUCUUCGAGUCAAGAAUAAGGAUAUCCCCCGUGGAUUCGCAGUCAAUGUGGAGAAGGGAUGGGAUAGACUUGUUAAAGAGAAGCAAGGCUUGACUUUGCUGGCUUUGACGAAGGCUUUGGACCAGAACUUAGAAGCAUUCCUCUCGGAGCGAAAGACCGACACCGUAACUUUGUUAUCUUUCAAAGAUACCAGACAUCUGGAUAGUUUUACUACUGCAUUAAGUGGCGGGCCAACCUCAACAGCUCAACCAUCCCCAAAACCGGCACCAGCGCCUCGUAGGGUGUAUGUACCAGAGGAGUCGUUCACUGGAGAGCAGAUCACCAGCGCGAGAGCAAGACGAGCCCAAGAGAUUAGACAACUAGAGGCUCGAAUGUCCCGGAUGCCCCAUUACCGGAAGUCGGCGGAUGGUGUAGUCUAUACGUUACCUCUGGAGCCGAGACGGCGUGUUGAGUUACCAUUCGAGUUGCAGUUGGUUCAGUCGGUCCAGUUAAUCAUACCUUUGCUCUACCCUCUGCAACCCCUGAAGAUACUUCUCAAUAAUGUUGAAUCCAAGGAUGCUGAAGCCGUGGAGGAUCUGUUCGCGGAGAAGGCCGCUCAGCAGAAGCAGAUGAACUUGACGAGCCAUUUGAAUUAUCUCUCGCAGAAUAUUCGUACCUUAGCUAAGCAAGCGCAUAUUGCGCGACAAAAGGCUGAGGUUGCCGCGAAUAGCACGACCGGCAAAGCUCAACAAGUUGAUACUCCUAAAGCCGUCGGAGAAGACGGGAAGAGCCAUGUCCACAUCAUACCUCGACCGCCGGAAUGGAGUUAUGGCAACGAGUCCGAAGACUCGGAAGAUUCGGACAAUGAUUUCUACUCGGAUGACGAGUCCGACGACGGAGGUGCAGCGGUUACCGACGGCGAUGCAGUAGCCGGUACCUCUGGGAUGGCGCACCAAGCUGAAAGGGGUACCGCGAUGUCAUUUCCCUCAGUUGAGCUCCACGGCAUUGAGCUGCUGCAAGUAUCCAUCUUAAACCUUAGCGUAAAAUGCGACCGUUGCCGGACAUUAAACGACGCCACGGGGUUAAAGCCGGAUGUAGAGAAAGCGGGUAGUUGUCGGAAGUGUGCCGUGCCAUUCACAACGAUGUUUAGACAGGAGAUGGUACACCAGGGCUCGGUUAGAGCUGGUUUUGUAGAUGUGGCUGGAUGCAGUGUUGCGGAUAUGCUGCCUAGCACGUUCAUACCAACGUGCUCGCGAUGCUCGACGCCGAGCCAGGGACUUGUCUCGGUUCGUGGCGAGGCUAUUACGAAUGUGUGUCGGGAGUGUCAUGGCAAAUUCACUUUUAAGAUCCCUGAGGUCAAGUUUCUCGCUAUUACACAUGGUACUUUGCCAUUGCCACCAGCGGGUCCGAGGAGACGCCAGGAGAAGCUAGGUUUACAUGCUGGCGAACCGUUGCCUGGGCGCGGAGCGUGUGCGCAUUAUCGCCGCUCAUAUCGAUGGUUUCGAUUUUCGUGCUGCAGCAAAGUGCACCCCUGCGACAAAUGCCACGAUGCAGCAGAAGACCAUCCACAGGAGUGGGCUAACCGCAUGAUCUGCGGGUGGUGCAGCCGCGAGCAGAAUUACGCUGUCGAGGCUUGCGCGUUUUGCGGCCGUAGUGUUAUUGGUAAGAAGGGGCGCGGGUUCUGGGAGGGUGGGAAGGGCACCCGUGAUAAGGCCAAGAUGAGCCAUAAAGAUAAGAGGAAGUACCGCCGUGUUGGCGGGAGUGAGGGGAAGAAGAAAGAUUGAGGAUUGAUGAUAGGUUGGUGAUAGUGGUGACGAUGGUGGCGUUGAGGGGUUGUGGAGAGGAUGUUAGGCGCUGAGUAUUCUACAGCUUGUAGACAAAGUACCUACGUCUAAGGAGCCCGACGCAAGAAAGCCAUCAUAACUCUGCUGUAAACUCCAAUGAUAACAACCUUAUUGCCGCCAUCAUGAAGUGUCUACGCGAAUGACUCCAAUAAGUAGUGUACUCCAACUUCAAAAUAGCAUCUAACGUAUGUUACGCGCUUCAAAGUCCUAAGCGCUUAACGCUGGUCAGCACCACUACUACGUCGGCGCUUAGCACGAUACAUCUGAUAGGUACAAUAUUCGUUCUAUCACUUGAUCACAUAGUACAAAGCUACGAAAAACUUAUGAAACGCCAUCAUUGGAUAAGUUUCUAUGAACUAUUUUAUGCAACAACCUGUGAUAUCUACCACGGCGUCUCGCUUCUGGUCUGAGCCAGCAUUCAACUUCGUCCACGUGAGGAUGUUGGGCACCGGUAAUAUCGUUUAAUGGUCGAGGCAUCACUUCAUCGCCUCAUAGUGCCAAAUGAUAUGUCCAAGUUCAUCUCGAAGCGAGCCACUGAGCUUCUACAUGGAUUACGUCCUGGCGACCCCGGGUUAGGGGUACUCUCGGGAAGAUCGCUG